AUGGAUUAUCAUUAUGAGUCUGAUGCUGUGAGUGCCAUGCAAGCAACAGUUACAUCCAUGACAGAGACUUCCAACACUGUGAAUCAUGCAGAAAUGAGAUGGGCCUACAACAGACUGGGAGCAGAACUGCAUGCCAAAUAUCCCAAUAUCCCCUUUGACUCUCCCGAGAAAAAGAAAUAUGUGAACAAGAAGCAGACAGCAAACAAAUGGAGUGCCUUCAUACGGAAGCUCACCACCCGCAGGAAAGUACAGAGGCAUCGCCAGAAGCAUCCAAAGAGGUGUCUCGCUAACAAAGAAGUUGCUGCCUCUUCAAGAGUGGAUAUUCCUGAAAUUUCUGUUGAAGAUGCACUCAGGGAAUUGGCUGAAAUGACGAGAACCAUGCAGGCAGGUCUGCCCUUUGACCAUCAGCAUGUAGACAUUCUUCUUUCCCUCACCUUCAAUUCAAGAAAGAGCAUUCCCAUAGAUGUCCUCCAACCUUUCAUGUGUCACAAGACAGUGGAUGUCAAGACUCAUUUUGAAGUUACCGUAGAGUGGGUCGCGAAAUUUUCUGUACGUCAGCAAGUGGAUCAACGAAAAAGAAGUCUGGGAACCGCUGUGUUAGUGGACCUUCUCACUAUUAAGUUGAGCAUCUCUGAUCUAGGGUUCGAGAAGCAACAAGGCAUCUCAGAGAAGUCCAAGGGCGACACGACAUAA